AUGUUCCCGCCUCAACAAGGAACCUCGCUCGACAUCGAGGCUCUGUCCGGUAUCUGUGGCUCCAUCUCCAUCGCCUGCUGGGUGGUCGUCUUUUCACCUCAGAUCAUCGAAAACUUCCGGAGAGGGUCGGCCGAAGGGUUAUCGAUUGUCUUCAUCGUCGUGUGGCUGGCGGGCGAUGUCUUCAACAUCCUUGGCGCCGUCCUGCAGGGCGUGCUGCCGACCAUGAUCAUCCUGGCUGUCUAUUACACCCUUGCAGAUAUCGUCCUGCUGGGACAGUGCUUCUACUACCGUGGCUUCACCCUGACCGACUACGUGAAACCCCAGCAUCCGCAAAACGGAGAUGCCGAAACGCGGCCCUUGCUGCACAGCGGUUCGGUGACGCAGCCACCCUCCAGGGACGAACACGAACGUUCGUCCUCGAUAUCACAGCUCCGGCGCCAUCUGUCUCUGGAAGCCGCCCAUUUGUCUCCCGUCACGCCUUUGAUCGAUCCGCCGAAGCCAACCGACCCGUCCGCUGUCAGGGCUAUUCGGCCGACCACCGCGUGGCAGGCAGCGUUGCUCAACACCUUUGCCAUUCUCCUCGUCUGCGCCGCGGGGGUCUUUGGCUGGUGGAUCGGCACGCAAAAGCAACGCCAUCACAAGAAGGACGAGCCCCAGCCCUUGGACUUCGACGUGUUGGGUCAGAUCUUCGGCUACCUCUGCGCCGUCCUCUAUCUGGGGUCACGAGUGCCGCAAUUACUGCUCAACUACAAGCGUAAAAGCACCGAAGGGGUCUCUCUGCUGUUUUUCCUAUUUGCGUGUAUCGGCAACUUGACCUACGACAUGUCCAUCUUUGCGUAUUCGCCCGUCUGUCAACAUCCUGACCAUUGUCGGCCUGGGGAAGCCAAGGCCAUUUACAUGAGAUAUAUUGCUGUCAAUGCGAGUUGGAUUGCCGGCAGCUUGGGAACGCUGUUGUUGGAUAUGGCGAUUUUCGUGCAGUUCUUCAUGUAUCAGAAAGACGAGGCCGAUGAUUACGAGGAUGCUAUUGUGGAUGAGAGCACCUAA